GACCCUUCAGUCCACAGGCGAUGCUCUAUCCAAACCAGCUAGGGCAGGAAAUGCAAUGUUUUAAUAAUGAAGACUAUAGAAUAAGGUUGGCUAUUAUUUUCCAUGCAUAGCAUGCCUUGGGGGAUUUAGAGCAUGAAAUGCUUCCCACCUGCUUCUGUUAAGGAAGUAACACUUCCUACGUAUUUACCUCACAGUUAAAUCGUGUUUUUAAAACAUUACAGCUAGAGAAGCAAUGUGUUUUAGUGAGCCAUAUUAGGUGAACAAAGGGCCACUUCGUUAAUCUAGUCAUUCACUUGCUGUGUCAGGACAAGUCAAGACUCUUCCUUUGUGCCUUGGUAUUCUGCUGAGACCGUCUGAAGCUGCCCUGGCCAAAAAAACCUGCAUGCCAGCAACAUGCGACUCCUGGGGACUUGGGGACACAGAACCAAAAGCUGUUAUGUAAAAUAGUUCAAGAAUGAGAUUGUGGGGUGCUGAGCAGCACACUGUUUGCCCUGUCGUCUUCCCCCACUGCAUUGACCACACCGGCUCCCACCUGAGUUCAGAGUCGCAGGGAGAGGGAGGGAUAUGUGUCUGGGGCGAAUCAUGGUUUCCACUCUGGAAAGCUGGUCACGUCUCGAGUCAGUCCAAGCCUGAAGAACCUAGAAAAGAUCUUGUUUGAUUCUAAUCCUGCUCUUUGGUGCCAUGUGAGUCUCUUCUGCGUCUCUUGAGAAGGCGCCGGCAAUUCUGUCUCUGAGCUUUGAAGGAGAGACUCCGGCUCUAAGACUGCACACCGAGUCCAGAUCCCAGAGAGUGUGUGUCUUCAGAUGGAAAAAAAAAAAAUUUAGUUCAGUGGAAUUUAAUUCCAUGAUGAAUGAUAACAAAUGACAUAAGUUAUUUUUGAAAAUGAAUUUUGGGUUUCAGAGCAAGACUUUUCUUUCUCUGCUUCUGACUUAACCAUGAAGAAAAAUUCAGAAUAAUCCUUAAAAACAGUAGUUCUUGCCAUUAAUUGAAAAGCAUUUUGUUAUCUGAAGUUGGGCUCCUCUCAAGGUUUAAAAGUUAGGAGCACAAUUUUAGAAAUAAAUUAUUUUGCAUGUUUUCCCCUUUGCUAUACCUUUUAGGUGCCAGAUAGAGCUUGCUCUAUUGACUCGAAUCAAAUGAAAGCAUGUCCAGUGAAAAUCACCUCUGGCUUGAGAACCAGACUGUAGUUCAUUCAGAAACCAGAAUGAUCCUGGCCCAGUUUUAAUGUACGAAAACUCUCCAGCCCACCUUGGCUGGAAGUAACAGUAUGACUAAAUACAUUGAGAAGCUAGAAGAGAUCAAAAAAAAUUACAGAUACAAAAAAGAUGAGCUUUUCAAGAGACUAAAAGUUACCACCUUUGCCCAGCUGGUCAUCCAGGUUGCUUCCUUGUCAGAUCAAACACUGGAAGUGACAGCUGAGGAGAUUCAAAGACUGGAAGACAAUGAUUCUGCGACUUCAGACCCUGAUGCUGAAGUCACUGCCAGGACCAAUGGGAAGGGGAGCCCCGAUGAGCAGCCGCCGAGCCCUGUCCAGUUCAUAAAUAGCGUGGGAGCGGGGGACUCCAGUCGCUCGACACUCCAGAGCGUCAUCAGUGGUGUUGGAGAACUGGACCUAGACAAAGGGCUGGCGAAGAAAGCAGAGCCCAGCAGCAGAGACACGCCGUACCCCGACUGCCCCUUCCUGCUGCUGGAUGUGCGUGACAGAGACUCGUACCGGCAGUGCCACAUCGUCGGAGCUUACAGUUACCCAAUUGCAACUCUGUCUAGAACAAUGAACCCUUAUUCAAAUGAUAUUCUUGAAUAUAAAAAUGCUCACGGCAAGAUCAUCAUUCUGUAUGACGACGACGAGAGGCUGGCCAGCCAGGCGGCCACCACCAUGUGCGAGCGGGGGUUCGAAAACCUCUUCAUGCUUUCCGGAGGUCUCAAAGUCUUAGCUCAGAAAUUCCCAGAAGGACUGAUUACGGGUUCCCUGCCUGCAUCUUGCCAGCAAGCCCUUCCUCCUGGUUCUGCCCGGAAACGACCCAGCCCCAAAGUGCCACCCGCACCGGCUGAGAAUAAGUGGAGAUUUACCCCAGAAGACCUAAAACAGAUAGAAUAUUACCUGGAAGAGGAGCAGGGUCCGACAGACAACCUCAGCCUCCGAUUUACCGAUGAGAAUGUAACCUCCCCUGGCUGCUGGCUUCCCCGCCUCACCUGGGACUCCACAGGAAGCAACCCUCCUCCGCGGCGCCAAAGGCGAGGGAAGUUCAGGAACCGACAUCUGCUCCCUGGACUCUGUGUCUCUGCAUUUCCGCCAUCGGUGUCUGGGGACCCGUCCUGAAGACAGGUGUUCCAACCUUUCUGGGGUUUGUUUAGUUUCUUAGUGAACACCUACUGAGGUGUCACUUAAGGAAUGAGUUACAAACUUUUCAUUAGAUUGUAGGCAGAAAAUAGGCCGUUUUCCCAAGAAGUCCAACUGUUCAUUCAAUAAACCAUAUUGAUACGA